GCUUCAGUCGCUAGAGAGCGCUUUAUACGUGUAGAACGUGUCUUCGCGCAACUCCGUGAGUUGCAGAGCACGCACGCACAUCGUCAGGCAUCAACAUAACUGCGCAAUCGUGUACGACCUUCCGCCGAACUUGGAACCACGCGCGUGUCUUGACAGUCGUGUGUUUGGCGGGAAGCCUCCUCUCUUGGAUUUUAUGCAACAACGGAGUCGAUUUGUCGAUUCCCAACCGUGCCAGCGAGCAGCAUAUUGGUGCUUUCGGGCCGUGUGCAAUACGUUUUCCGCAAAAUAUUUUUGUGUCGAAUGAAGAACCAAGAGUGAUAUAUUUGUUGUACGUUAUCUUGCGUGGAUGUGGUAAUUGAGACAUUCCAAGAUCACCAGAGUAUGCGAUCGAUUCGACAUUUCAACAACAUCGUCGUAAUCUUCGCGGGAACACGUCGAAACACGCUCGUCGUCUCUUUGGGAGACUCUCGCGCAAGUGCGUGCGACGUUGCCGGUUCGAUAUUCCCGCGGGCUAUAGCGAUGAAUUCGUGAGAAAAGGAAAGGAGAAGACUGAACAUUAACUCCAUCAUCGAUUCCUGGAUAUUAUUACAAUUAAUCCGACCAUCGAAUCGUGUAUCGAACUUUGAGGAAAUACCCGAUAUCGUGUUGCUGUUUCAAUAUCUUGUUUCUCGCUCUCUCGUGGUGCGCAAUAGUGUGUUUACUGUGUUGGCAAAUAUUCUUGGUGGUCGUGCACGUUUCCCUAGUGACGACACACUUACGUUCCAAAUAUUAUCCGUCGGUUGGUGGAUGCGUAUCGAAGAAAAUUAUUAUCACGGAUUAUUUGGUAUAUGCACGAGCAAGUUAACGAUCAACGUAGUGUCGAGGUGACGCUGAGCACGGCCAUUAUUCGAAAUUCGGUGGGUCGCGCCACGACAGCGUUGCCACGUCUCCGCGACCGCGAGUAUUUCAACGUUCCGUCGACGAUUCCUGGAAGAAUCAUCUUCGUAAAUGAGACGCGUAUGAACGCAUGAAAAUUGGUGCGAAAACGGACGAUUAUCGAUCGAGUGGUGUGCGCGUGUUGAAGUUUAUCGAGAGUGGUGCGGACUAGAGUGCCGGAGCGCGUUUCGAAAAUACUAACUCGUAAGAGGAAAAUCACGACUGCGCGAACAGGAACAGAGACUGUUUCUUCGUAAAACCAUAGCGGGACUAUCGGAAACUACUGGAGGAGAACGGCGACGUUGCCGGUGAUAAAGACUGACGAAAUAUGAGCGCAAGAGUGUUGAAUCCGGUGAUGAUGACGGAAAUGAGUAGGAAUUUGGGUGGAGGACGAACGGCGCCGAGCAGAGCAGCUCUUGCUCGCGUUCGAAGAGAUCUGUUCGGACCCGUCGAUCAUGCCGCGGCUCGUGCGUUGGCAGAGAGGGAGCUUCGCGCUCAGUCCAUACUCGACGCCGAGAGAUGGGGAUUUGACUUUCAUUUGGAGAUACCAAAAGCGAAUUCGAGGUACGAGUGGGAGCUGGUUACAUCGCAGGAUGUAGUCCCCGAGCCCUAUGCCCUACGCGGUAUGCCCUACUUAAGGAAACACGCGCCUAGCUCGCCUCGAAAGCCGCGCGAGUCUUCUUCGCCCACCACGAGAUUCCUUCGUAAAGAGUCGCCGACGACUCCGAUCCUCCACAAAGCGGAAAGGACGCCACCGCAAGAACCAAGAGUGCCGCACAUCGGCCAAGUCACCAUGAACGAAAUUUUCGACUUCGACUCGGACAAGAAAAUGUACAUCGUCGAACCCACUACCCCCGUUUUAUCGACCUCCACGUCGAGGAAACAGUCCUCCAUAACCGACUUCAUGAAGAGUCGUAAACGUAGCUUAAACGGUAGCGCGAAGAGCAUGAUAGAGCCGCCAGAGAAAAUGGCCCGCAACGCGGGUCAGAUACGCAGCUAAAGAGCCUUCCCAGCUGCUUCUUCCUCCUUCAGCCUCGCUGUCCUUCUUCCAUCUCUUCGCGAGAGAGGGACCGGAACCACGAAGCAAGCCAAGCAUCACUGCCAGGAGGAACGAGAACGGCAGAAGCAAGCUCCGGCAGGAGACGCGAGGUCCGUUGGCUGUGCCAUUCACGUAGAUUUAUUCGCCAUGAAUGUAGACGAAAACGGUGGACAGAGAAAAAAAAGAUUACAAGGUAGCGCCAGUUUUCGUUGCGUACACGCAUACACUUUUCGUAGCCAUGCCACGGAAAUGACAAAAAUAGUAACAACGACUACGUACGAAGGAACUGGACAAAAGGAAGAACGACACCCCACGGUUGUUGCUAUUUUCAUUUUUUCUAUUCACAAUUUUUUCUCUAAUUUCUUUUUUUUUUUUUUUUCAAUACGUGUAUAUGUAAUUCAUUGUGUCGUUUAUAUUUUUUUUGCAUUAGGUUAAACACAGAGUAACGAUUAGAAUAUAUUAUAUAUACAUAUGUAGAGACAGACAGAGAAAGUCACAAUUUCACGAAAUUAAUUAACGCAAUAUAUUUGUUCGUUCGAUUCUAUGGAAUGAAGCAAGGGAGGGUUGAAUUACGAUGACGAUGAUGGGGUCGUUACGCCUAGUACACUUUAGACGAAAAGUGUAAGGAGACAAAAAUAUAUUAAUAUUUCUAGGAUAUAACACGUAGAUUUUAAUCGAAUCGUAGGUUUUAAGUGGAAAGUUCAUUGCGUUUCUGAUCGAAACAUCCGACGAAAGAAGGCACGUUUUGCGUACCCUAUCCACGAAACUUUUCGAAACGGAGACUGUUUCGGUUUGUAGUCCGCGGGUCUUUAUCGACUUUCCGACUCGCUGGAGAUCCGUGGGCGUUCUAAAACCGUACUAGUGAAAACAAAGCUGGAUUCGCCGAACGAAUUUCGCGGUGGUUUCGAUUGAUCGGUGUCCUUGAAACGAUCGCGAAAUUAUUUGUGAUGUUAACGUUUUGCCUGGUUAUGCUAAAAGCUAAAACACGAAAGAAUCGAAUUUUGAAAACAUUUCAUUUAUACAGUCGAGAAAA